AUGAACCCGACGCCGGUGCCUCCGCCUCUUGCGACACUCGACUAUUGGAGCCGCGCCCACCUCGUCGGCCGCGUAGACAUCUACAUCCCGCCACCCAAGGACGUCGACCGCGACCAGACGUUCCUGUACUACCUCGCCAUCCGCAACCUCUUUGCCUGGGUCUUCCGCCGCCCCGUUGUCGGUGAGCAUCUCGGCAGCGCUUUGGCCGGUCUGUACAGCGCCAUGCGCGAGUUCCGCUACGAACAGGCCGACAAUGUGCAGGACCUCUUGUGCUACCUCGAGGACGAAGGCUACUCGGCCAUGGCCGGGCAGCCCGUGUACGCUCUGGCCCUCUUGCACCUGGCCGAGACCAUGCAGUUCCGCGCGCUGUACAUCGACGCCUUCUCGCACUGCGUCGGCAUGUACAACGACUUGCACCUCGGCACCGAGUACCAGUACAUUAGCUCCGACUCUCGCAAACUCGUCCGCCGCGCCCGCUUGGACAUGGAUAUGCGCUUAGGGUCGGCCGGGUCGAUGCUCAGCAACUUCCUCGAAGACGCCCUGUCCGAGACGCACCUGGGCCUCCCUGAACCGGCACGCGCCCACCUCGACCGGUUCCGGACCUAUGUGCAAGGCUUUUACACGUCCCGUCUCGGCUACUACCCGCCGCGGUCACUCGACACGCGCAGCACGAUUUUUGAGCCCCAUGUGUACCGAAGGCUGGCCGACGACUUCAAGGCGAUGUACGAUUUUCUGGUCGACGAGAACUUCACAGCCGAUGCGAAUGCCCCACCACUGGCGCAAGGCGGCUUCUGCGUGCUGCAGAGUGUCACCUCUUUUGACGAGCGACACGGCUUCACCACGAUGCAGCACCCGCUGCCACUUUUGCCAGAGGUGGCGCACCAGCCGGUAAACACGGCAGGUGCUGGCCCCGGUGCGGGCAACAACAAAGCAGGCGGCUUUGGUCGCCGGAUGUCGCUGUUUGGCGGCAAGACCAUGGACCGCCUGCUGCUGUCUCGCUCCGAGAAGCUGAAGCCAGAUACCCGUCUCUUGGCCAAUGCGGCGCUGCUCAAGGCGAGCAACAAGGUGCGCCCCGAUCUUUGGCACAACGAGUUUGUCUGUGCGUACCGGCAGUUUGAAGAGGACUCUGUCUUCAAGCCGUACAAGGCCGACCGGAUGGAGAAGAUUUCUAUGCUCGAUGCCCGCAAAGUGCGCUGGAUCCUAAUCUACGCCGUCCACCAAACGCUUCAAAACUGCUUCCUGCCGCCGCCGGCCGAGGUCAACGGCACGGGCGCCGUUCACUACCACAUGUCCAUCUCGCCUAAGCACCUGCCAACGUGGGACGACGGGUACGAGGUGGCCCGGUCACUGUCUGUCGUUGCGUCCUCUCCCGUGUCCCCGACAAUAUCAACCGCGGCCGCCUGGCCCACCGAGCUUCCCGCGUCCGCGGACAAGGACAGCGAUCGCUGGAACAGCUGGGACAAUGACGCCGCACCGCCGGCCCGGUGUAUGUCCAUGACUGCUCUGCCAGACGCGCCCACAAUGCAGUCUCUGGCAGAGAUUGGCAGUGGCGAGCGGGGCCGUGCUUUGUCGCCAGUUUUUGACAUUCGCCCGGACAUUGACUACUUGGGUCUUGCCAACCGCGGCGACUCCUCGCCCCAAGAAGGCGAGGUCGUGAUGCUGCCUCGCUCUCGCAGUCUUACUCGCAGUUUGUCUCAAAAGGCCGCCUUCCGGCGCUCUCUGAGCUUGUUCCGGGCGAACAAUGGGAACAGUGCCACAACGCCUAGCGCACUAUCGUCGGCGUCGCCAAAAGGCCCAAACAAGUUGCAAAAGGCAAAACAGCUGGGGACGACCGAGCCGGUUCCCGCACUACCGACAUCCGCCAAGCGCAACAGCAUUUUGCAUCGCGCGCCCUCGCAGCCCAAGAGCGAGAAACAGCGUGCCGUGUCGCGCGAGCGCCCGAAAUCUUCGCCGUACCACGAGAUCGUUGUGCAUGGUUACGGCAAUGGAACGAACCCCGUGCAGCUGGCCGUGUCGGCCGAUGCUGCUGGCCCCGACAGUAGCGACAUGCAAAAGUCUGACAACAGUCCGAACCCGGCCGACGACUCUGUGGCGACGCCGUCGACGUCCCGUUCGCUGUCGACGUCCUCGACAAACUCCAACACGUCGGCCCUCACCGCCGAGACAGCGCUCACGACCUACACGGAAGCUGCUAACCGCAACUCCAUUGGCUGUGCCAUUACGACUGUGACUCUGCCGCCCUUGCCCGACAGCAUUGCUUCGUUUGGCGACACGGCCCUUGGCGCUCUGCAGACGCUGAGCCGGUCGUCGAGUGUGUACAGCAAUGCCAGCUCAAAAGCGACGCGGACGGCCGGCAGCAACGCGCCGACACCGACUCCGACACUGACACCGGCCACAAUCGGCGUUGCCGUGGAUAUGCCGCCCACCAUCCCACCCCGGGACCGCGGUCGAGCUGUUCCGGUGCACCCGUCGCCCUCCCUCUCGCGCAGCAGCAGUGUGUACUCGACGGUGUCCAUGCGCGAGAGCGGCGCUGGCUUGGCGUUGCCCUUGGCCUCGCCCUCGGCCUCGGUCUUGGAAGCACCCUUGCCGCCGCCCGUGCCGGUCCGCAACAGCGCGCGCCACCGCCGCUUCAGCGUGUACGGUGGCGGCGACGAGUACGCGCGUGUGCUUCCGCUAGCUACGCCGCCAAGGGCCAUGGGCCUCGUGCCCGACGCGAAGCGGACGAUGCCGGUUUCUUACUCUGCGGCUGCCCGCCAACAAAACCAACACCCACACCAAAAGCAAUACCACUCGGGCCGCCGUGGUGGUGUGGGCACACCGCACCGCUCGCGCACCAUGCCCAACAUCGUGUCGUCGAACCUGGCUGCGCCCACGCAACCCUACCACAGUUUUGAUAUGGUACAGGAGGCCAUGAUGGCGGUGCGCGAGACGCUUGAGCAGCAGCAGCAGCAGCAGCAGUCCCUGGCACCGAUGCCGCUGUCGGUCCCCAUCUCCCGCGCGUCGUCAUUUGUCGGUGUGGCGGCGCUGCGCAGCGUGCACGAGGAAGAGGACGACGGUGCCGGCCACGACAACGACGACGACGACGACGACGCGCAACACGGCGCUGGCGAUUUUCUCUCAAUGGCGCCGGUGGUCAAGCCGCUCAUGACGCGGUCGCAGUCGAUGCGCAUGGCCACCGCCGCAGCUGCAGCGCGCCACCGGCACAGCAGCUACAUUGGCCCGCGCGACAGCGACUUUGACCAUGGCUACCACAACGACGAUGCGACGACGGACGAGGUGCAGCCCGAAUGGGAAAAGUUUGCCAUGGGCCUCGGUGGGCAUACUGCCGUGUAG